UCUCGGUCAGCCGCACGUCGGUAGCACGGGUGCAAUGGCAACACCAGAUCCAUCAAAGUCUGAUUUUCAGGCAAUGGGAAUGGGCACGGUGAACUUCACUCUCUUCUUCCCAGUUAUCCAGUUCGUGUUCACCUUGCCUGGCCUUAUCGGGGCCUCUGUGGCCUUCUCGGGUGUUGCCGGGAAGAGUAGCGUGGUGGAGAAGGUUGAAGACGUGGCGAAGUUGAGCGCAGGGCCUUUGUUCCUGGCCAUUAUGUUGGUGAAGCUGAGCCUGGCCGUGGCGUUGGGCUCCCUUGGCAAUGCGCGACGCGCGUCGGGUGUCAACGUGCCGGACCAGCACGUCUACAAGGUGGUGGGUGGAUCUGCUGCUGGCUCCCUGGUCCUCAUGGAUGAGGACGGCGCCUUUGGCGCGUUUAAUCGCGCCCAACGUGGAGUUCAGAACAUCUAUGAGCAGACUUUUCCAUUUGCCCUUGAGGUUCUGCUGUCUGCCUAUGUCUUCCCUUGGACAACUGCAGUGUUGCUGAGCAUCUUCGCCCUCUGUCGCAGCUAUGGUGCUGUGCUCUACACCAGGGAUCGAAUGGCAAGAAUGAAGGGCAAUAUGCCAGCGGGGGUGGCAUCUGGAACCAUCAGUGGUUUGGUGUUCAUGAGCGGCAUUUAUGCCACAUACAUUGAGUUCAAGUAGGGCGGAGUUAUGUGAGCCAUUGCACGGCCUUUGGCCACCGGAUUGACAGCUGUGACAAAAAUACUGAGCCCCUGACGAAGAAUCGAAACUCAUCCUUGUAGUUGUUGAGACCUACAUUUCAUGAUGCCACAAUCACCAGGGCAUUCUGCUUUGAAUCGCAGAUCUGUCGUGGAUCCAGUUAUUGUUUCGAUGUCAUCAAGGACUUCUCUACAGAAAUCGCAGAACCAAAA